AUGAAUGCAUUGUGUUUAAACAAUCUCAUGCAAGGUGGCAUGCCUCUCUUUACAUCUAAUUACCAGGAAGUAUUGGUAAGUGAAGAUGAAGGACUUUCCAUCAAAUUCAACUAGAAAGUGCAUUUGGUCGACUCUAUUGUGGGAGUCAAGAAGACUAGUUGCAAAAACUCACUAUUUCAAAUCUCAAUGUAUUGUGACUGCUGCAAAGAUCGAUUGUAUUGGUUUAACCUUAAGGAAAUAAGCCAAAAUGGAUCCAAGCAGCUUGAACUCCUUGCUUCUCAAUUCGAGGAGUUUCACAUGAAUGGGGUUGAGUUUUCAAGCCAAAACACUUAUUAUGCUGAGGAGGAUUUCGAUGAAGAUUUCUUGAAUGGAACCUUUGAUGAUACUAUGAACGAUGAUAGAGGCAAAAAUAUGAAUGAUGGGUACUUUGAUUUCUCAGAUGAAGACGAAACAUUUGAGAGAAGAAAGAAGUCCUAAAGAUUAGGACAGAAGUGCUUUGCAAAGAGCAAUGAGCUGAUUGAGCCAAUGUAUCUCAGACAUCACUCUUUGUCCUAUACCGCUCGCAAUUCCCAAUUCCUUUAACAAUUCACUCUUGGGCAAUAGAAUCUCAAUUAAUCGAGAUAAGAUUUGUAGCAUUAGCUCCAGUAUAAUCAUAGAACCAUGGGAUUUAAUGAUGAGAACUAGUAAAUUCUUUUCAAUAGAGAUAGAUUAAACCCUAACACUCAGCCUCUGACAGUUAGUAAGAAGCGUAAGUUUCCCGAAAUUUCAACUAACGUCCAUCAGAAUGCUGAUUUUAAAUAAAACUCAAAUGUUGGUAGCUUAUACAGAAGAUAAGAGUGCAAGAAAAGGAGAAUGAAUGAUUAGGAAAAAACUUAAAACUAGCACUCUUUUCACAUUAACAACCAACAAUAAAUAGAAUUCAAUUAGUAUAAUGCAAUAAAUCUGCAAUAGAAUUCUUAUCAAGGCCAAAUAUAACGAUAAGAAAUAAGAACAGAAGACUAGCAGAUUCAUUCAACAAUCUAGUAUUUCCUUUGGAUUUAAUCAAAAUCUUCUAUAAUAAACCAACAGUUCUCUCUGUUCCUCCAAUCUCACAUUUGGGCAGCAUGA